AUGGCGGAGCUUCUCGAGUCAGUCAUCCUCGGGGAUGGGAUUCAAUUGCGCAAUCGUAUUUGCAUGGGGUCCAUGACGCGAAAUCGAUGCACCGAUGGAAAUAAGCCGACCCAUGCGAACAUCAAACAUUACACCGACCGAGCGCGGGACGGCGCCGGGCUUAUCGUCGCAGAGGGCACCUUUAUCAGCCUGAACGGUGCCGAAUGGCCCCACGCGCCUGUAAUGUACCAAGACCAUUCAGAUGCUUGGGCCAAGGUGACAAGCGAGGUGCACAAGGUUGGGGGAAAGAUUCUCUUCAUCUUCCAGCCAUGGCAUCCAGGACGCAUCCAGAAUGAUAGUAUGCCGAUGCUGAAAGAAUCAGGAUAUCCAGUCUAUGCACCAUCUAAGGUACCUGCCAAGGGCGGAAAAUAUCGUACAUUGGAGGGACUUCCGGGCCAUACCGACAAUAUCACCGAGAUUGAUGACCCGAGAGUCAUUGUCGAACAAUAUCGGCACUCUGUCAGCUUGACCAAGUCUGCUAGGUUUGAUGGAAUUGAGCUACCAGCACAAGGCGGGUAUCUUCUACACAACUUCUUGUGCUCGCACUCGAAUACACGCAGUGACCAAUACGGUGGUUCUGUCGAGAAUCGCUGCCGUUUCCGCUCAAAGUCCUCGAUGCCAUUAUUGAGGUCUGGGGAUCUCGAGCAGUCGGGAUCAACAUCUGCCCUACAGAUGACUAUAAUGACACCAUGA